AUGGCGGCGGCGCUGUGGCUGGGGCAGCUGCUGCGCGCCUCGGGCGCGGGGCUGGCCCCGGCCCGCGCGGCCCGCAGGAGCGUCCUCGUGGCCCCCUCGCGCGCAGGGCUGGCCUGGAGGCCCAGCAGGCGCGGCAGCUCGGCGGCAGAGGCGCCCGCCGCGAAAGCCGAGGACGACUCCUUCCUCCAGUGGUUCCUGCUGCUCAUGCCCGCGACUGCCUUCGGCCUGGGGACAUGGCAGGUCCAGCGUCGCCAGUGGAAGCUGAAGCUGAUCUCAGAGCUGGAGUCUAGAAUCAUGGCUGAGCCUGUCCCUCUGCCCGCAGACCCGAUGGAGCUGAAAGACCUGGAGUACAGGCCGGUGAAGGUCAGGGGGCACUUUGACCACUCCAAGGAGCUGUACAUGAUGCCACGGACCAUGGUGGACCCGGAGCGGGAGGCCCGGGAGGCCGGCCGGCUCUCCUCCUCGGCCCAGAGCGGUGCCCACGUCAUCACCCCUUUCCACUGCUCCGACCUGGGGCUGAGCAUCCUGGUGAACAGAGGGUUUGUGCCCAGGAAGAAACUGAAUCCCGACACUCGGAAGAAAGGCCAGAUUGAGGGAGAAGUGGACCUGGUUGGGAUGGUAAGGCUGACAGAAACCAGGAAGCCUUUUGUUCCCGAGAACAACCCAGAAAGGAACCACUGGUAUUACCGGGACCUGGAGGCCAUGGCCAAGCUCACAGGCACAGAGCCCAUUUUCAUCGACGCAGACUUCAAGAGCACAGUUCCCGGAGGACCCAUCGGAGGGCAGACCAGGGUGACCCUGCGGAACGAGCACCUGCAGUACAUCAUCACCUGGUACGGCCUCUGUGCGGCCACAUCAUACCUGUGGGUUAAGAAGUUCCUGCGGUGGACUCCGGGCACGUGA